UCAGUAUAGUUCGCCCAUAGUUCGCCUUUGUCGUUCAUCAAACUCAUGUUUGAAAUAACGAUAAUCAAGUGCCGUUGCCAUUUAUAUGUGUAGAUUGUCAUUUUAGGGCAAACAGUGGAAUAAAUACUUGCAAAAAUGGGUGACGUUUCAAAUAAAAAAGGCAAGAAUCAGAAUAUUCAAGUAUUCGUUCGACUAAGACCCAUAAAUGCCCGAGAAAAAGAAAUAAAAUCGCAUAUCGCUGUUGAAAUAUCUGGAAACCGUGAAGUGUUAGUAAAACAACAGCAUUUCGAAAGCAAGCAUUCCAAAAAGUUUACAUUUGACAGAGCUUUUGGACCAAACUCAACUCAAGUGGAAGUAUACAAGAGUGUUGUCAGUCCUUUAAUCGAAGAAGUUCUCUCUGGUUAUAGCUGCACUGUGUUUGCUUAUGGACAGACCGGAACUGGGAAAACUUUUACCAUGGCCGGCGGAAAUCCUAAAUUCAAUGACUGUGAGGGAAACUCAUGGAAAAAUGAUCCUCUUGCUGGUAUCAUACCCAGGUCAAUCAAUCAGUUAUUUGAUGAGUUGAGAUUAGCCCAAAUGGAAUUUACAAUUCGAGUGUCAUACUUGGAAUUGUACAAUGAAGAGCUAUUUGAUUUGCUUGCUCCGACUAUAGAUGAAAACUCUUCAAGCAAAAUUAGAAUAUUUGAAGACCCAACAAAAAAGGGAUCAGUGAUUGUGCAAGGUCUGGAAGAAGUGCCUGUUAAGAAUAAGAGUGAUGUAUACAAAAUUAUAUCUGAUGGUCAAGAGAAAAGAAAAACUGCUGCAACUUUAAUGAAUGCUCAAUCGAGUCGUUCUCAUACUGUGUUUUCUAUACUAAUUCACAUCAAAGAAGUAAAUGCUACCGGUGAAGCAAUGUUAAAAACAGGCAAAUUAAAUUUAGUAGAUUUAGCUGGAAGUGAAAAUAUAUCAAAAGCAGGGAAUGAUAGAAAAGAACGAGCAAGAGAAACUGUGAAUAUCAAUCAAAGUUUGUUGACACUUGGCAGAGUUAUAACUGCAUUAGUUGAAAAAACUCCACAUAUUCCUUAUAGAGAGUCCAAGUUGACUAGAUUGCUGCAAGAUUCAUUAGGAGGGCGAACUAAAACUUCUAUAAUUGCAACUAUUUCUCCUGGUCAUAAGGAUUUAGAAGAAACCUUGAGUACUCUUGAGUAUGCACAUCGUGCUAAAUAUAUUAUGAAUAAGCCAGAAAUAAAUCAGAAAUUAACCCAAAAACUAGCCAUCAAAGGAUACACUGAUGAAAUUGAUAAAUUGAGAAGAGAACUCUACUCUCAGCGUGAAAAAUGUGGAGUUUAUUUGUCAACUGAAAAUUAUGAUGAAAUGAUGGGUAAGAUUGACCACCAAAAUAAAGAGAUUUCUGAAAAUUUGCAAAAAUUACGUGCUUAUGAGGAAGAACGAUCUAAAACCAUCAAAAUAUUUGAUGAUUUGAAAAAUAAAUAUUUGAGAGCCAAGAAGCAAUUAGAGUGUACCAAAAAUAAUUUGAUUGUUGUAGAAAAAAAAUUUAAGAGAACUGAAAAGAACUUGAAAAAGGCUGAAAUUGUCAAUAAAGAAAAAUCACAUAUAAUUGAAGUACAAGCAAAAAUUGAAGAGGUAUUGAGUAGUCAAGCAAAACAAUUGAUUGAUGUAGCUGAAGUUACUAUAAAUGAUACAGAAAAACUUCAAAAUGUUCUCGAUACACGCCGUCAGAUUGACUACAUAAUUAAAACAUCUGCCGAAUUGUUCAAUGAUAGAAUGAAACAGUCUUUGCAAUCCAAGGAAGACUUUCUUACAGAAAAUUUUGUACAGUGCAUUAAUACAAAUGUUGAGGUCAAAGAAAAUUUAGGUAAUCUACAUGUAAGCGCUAUACAAAUUCUAAAAGAUCUUCUGAAAUCGAUGCAAAAGACAUCUGAUCGGGCUACAAAAGUAUUGAAUGAAUUGAAUAAACUUGAUCAGUUAUCUUUAUCAAGUGUCAAUACUUUACUUCGUACAAGACACCAGUAUAAUUCUGAUUUAAUUCAACAGCAAAUGUCAUAUAUUGCAAAUGCAUAUACUAAAAUGUACAGACUUUUAUCUGAAGAAAUGUUUGAGGAGUAUGAAGAGCGAGAACAAUUUGAUAAUAUUGUAUUUGAUGGUCUCUCGGAUAGGAUGAAUGAAAACAUAGAAAUUACAAAUCAAUAUGUUGAAUCAAACUGCCAUCAAAGCAAUUCACUUAAAGCUUUGUUUGAAGAAGUUUUUACAUACUUUGAAGAGCAUGUUGAAAAGAAGGAUACACUCACAGAUUUAAAAGACCGUGCCCAAAAUUUAUUUACUGUAAUGCAGAAUAAUUGUCUAGGUUUUUCUGCCAAAUGCACGUCAAAUGCAAACUUCUGCUUGGAUUCCAUAAGUUCAUCAAAAAAAAAAUCUAAUCAUUUAAAUGAAAAGCAAAAAAAGAUAAUGUGUGAUAUAAAUGAAGGUGUCUCAGAAUUAAUUACUAAAACAGAGUAUACAAUAUCUUUACAAGAUAAUCAUAAUAAUGAAUUUUAUAAUAGUGUGACACAACUAUUUGAAGAUCUUUCUAAGAAACAUAAAAGUCAAUAUGAAAAAUACCAAAAUAUGGUAGAACGUGAUUUAUGUGAUAAUAAAUAUCUAUUAAAUACAAAAUUUGACUUAAUCACCAAGCAUGUAGAUAAAAUAAUAGUUCAAAAUAGAAGUUUGGAUCAAGUUUUAGAACAAUUGUCUGAAACUGUUAGUGACUGUUUAAAUAAAGUAUCCCAAGAAAUUGAUAAGUACUGCUCAGAAGAAUUGGAGGUUUAUAGACCAACAGGUGAAACGCCCAUUCGAAAAUCUUACCAGUUUCCCAAAGUAUUGGCUUCUACAUCUCCGCAUGACAGAAUUUUACAACGCUUUAGAACAGAACAAGGAUACAAUGGACACUCUGAGAGCUUAGAUAAUUCCAUAAUUGAAUUAGAUGAAUCAUUUGAUGAGCUUAGUGCUCUGGAUCAGAAUGAUUUAGAGAAACAUGACGAAACAGCAGGAUUGCUUUCAAGGUCUAAAUGGGCCUCUGAAGCAUGCAUUCUACAAACUAGUUCAACAGAAGUUGCAGAAACACCAAAACAGUUUAAAUUAUCUAAAUCAGUUUCUGCCAUUGAAAUUAGAGAAAAUAAUGUACCAUUAUAUCUUGGCAAGGAAAACUUGCCAGAAGAACGCCCAAAAAGUGCAUCAAAAUAUGAUCGUAAUGUUUCCUCAAUUCCAAUUCAUAGGCGAUAUGAUGAAAGAGUUCUAAAAAUGAAUAACAACUAAACUAGUUAUACAUUUAUUUUAGGAU